AUGCCAAGUCCAGGCGCAGGCGGCUUGGAAGUCAAGGACACCGCCAUCAAGCUGGGAGGAGAGCCUUCUAUCUCUUCCGAGGUCAGGGACACUACGGUGGUGUCAACUACGGCACAUCCCCGUAAUAUCCCGGCUACGGUGGAGGUCAAGGGACACUACCGUGGUGUCAACUACGGCGCAUCCCCGUACUACCCCAUGCUUGUGUCUUUGUUGUCAAGCCCCGAGAUAUCGGGACACCAGUUCGAAAGACUGGAAGCCAGUCAACACGCUCUGAAUGGGCUUACAUCCAAUGGAGCAGACAUCAAUGCGAAGGGUCCCGCUUCCGAUGUGGCAACGAUGUUUAUGGGUUUCGUCAAGGGAGCCUGGGAGUUGCUCGCCCUCAAAGGAGGACCUGAGAAGUAUGCAGACCCUCCUACCUUGUACAUGAUUGCAUUCCUCAAAGAGGUGGAUACAUCAAAGAGGACUAGUCUUCUUGAUACCAAGUACCCGUUGUUAACACAUGGAGUUUUCCACAUUUCAGAGACAACUACGAAUGCUAUGGAACUCAAGACAACCAGGGCAGUCAGAGCAACCAGAACCAGAACCAGGGCCGCCAAAGUCGCCAUGGCGGCAGCGACGGCAGUCCUGAAAGCCAACGCCACGUCCACCCUAGUCGCCGAGAUCGAUUCUAGGCUCUGGAACAACGGACAUUGCCGAGUUGGCAUCCUCAACGAACACCCCAGGGGCAAGCUCGCCGGCCUUCUGCCUGACGAAGCCGUUACCGCGGUCGUUGCGCACUACCGCAACAACCCGCACUGGCGAGUGAUCGCAUACGACAUCAAGAAGGUCAACAAGCCCCCCGUCGAUGCUGCCGAGCAAUAUCUGAAGAGAUAUGAGAUUGACCGUCGUUCAAUCUACAUUGGCGGUCUGCCAUCUGAUGUCACGAACCUCGAUGAGAUCAUCGAGGCCGCCGCCAGACAGUAUAGGAGAGAUCAGGGGUCUGCAGAGGUGUUGGAAGCUAUUAUUCAAGCUACUCAUACCAGUGACGGGGAUAUUGGGAGCGAGACGGAAUGGGUGCAAAGCGUCAUAGCACACGGCGUCCACCAUCAGAUCCAGACCAAGACGGCAGAAUUCGGUGGGAUUGACGGGUUGUUAAAACUCGAGGACGGCUUCGAAAAUGCUCGAAUGGAACUGGUGGAGAGGCGCCUCUGA